AUGUCCCUCGGCAAUGCACCGCCGCCGGCGGACCGGCCGCGCAAGGACAAGCCGAACAAACAGCCGCCGUCGUUCGACGUGUGCAAGCGCAACGCGCUGGGCAAGUUGGACAAGAGCCCAAAGGGCUCGCUCGACGAGCCGAUUGCGCCGCUCGUGCACGCCAUCAACGCCCACCCAGACUACGUGACCACCUCCUGCUGCUCCGGGCGCGUCUCGCUCUUCGCCACGGCGAGCGAGCAGACCAAGGGCUACCGCGGUGGCCGCUGGCUCCUCGUCCGGCACGCGACCUGCCGCGACGUCGAGGCGGCCAAGCGGCUGCUGCAGGUUGCGCUCGGCGCAGGGUACCGCGAGUCGGGCCUGGUGCUCUCGUCGUCGGCAAAGGUGAUGCUGGCGAUCCGGACGACGGCCAACUGCCUCGAGCUCCCCGUCGCGCGGCGCGGCGCCUGCCUCCUCCCGGCAGCCUACCUCGAGCUGCUCACAGCCCACGCCAACGAGAAGUUCGUCGCCAACCAGGCGCGCACCGACGCGCUGCACGCCGCCUUUGACGCCGCCUUCGACGCCGCCUGCCCCGCCGGCCCGAGAUGCGAAGACUGUGCCGCGCCGCCCGACAGCGGUGGGUCCGCCGUAGAGCCCGAGCCGUCCCCGCAGAUCGCCGCCGCCGCCACGCGCGGGCGCGUCAAGCACUUCGUCAACCUGAGCAACGGGCUGCAGGCGCUGGAGCCGCUGCUGUGCGCGCACAUCCGGCGCGAGGAGGCGUGCUCGGCUCGCUCGACCACCACCUUUUGCUUCACCUCGCGCUCGGGUACACGUGCCGCGUGUACGACUUCGGCUCGCGCCGCAAGCGAUGGCCGGGCGAGGGGCUCGAGCUCUGCGUCCCGUCGGCGCUGUGGUGGGGCCUCGAGGUCGCGCGCUACUCGCUCGCCAAGCUAUGGAGGCUGCCCGGCGCGGCCGCGGCGCGGUGCCUCCUGCACGGCCACGACGCGUCGUCACAGGUCGACGGCGUGCUCUCGCGGCUGCCGCCGCCGCUCGCGCGCCGCCUCAAGUACUACCGCGCCCUCGCCACCACCGACGCCGUGCGGCUCGAGGCGGUCUUUGCGAGGACGGCGCUCGACGGGCAGCGCGCCGCCUUCGCCGCCAUGCUGUGGAGGAGCAUGCUGCCCGGCGCCGAGGCGGGCGAGGCGGCGGACGAGGGGCGAGCAGAGGCGGGAAAGGCUGUCGCGCCGCCGCCGCCACCAGAGAGCUUGGGGAUGCGCCGUUUCGUGCCGGCCCUCUUCAGCGAGGGCGCGCGCUUGCGGGAGCUCGAUCCGGAGUCAGCGGAAACUUGAUCGUUCCUCUAGCCGAACGAAAAGAGAAGUAUGAGCAGCGCUAGUCGCAGUGUGAAACCACUGCGUUCGACCCUUCUCGCUGGGGCCUGGGGAUGAAAAUUCUUUAUUGCUUU